GGCGUGGCCGGGGCGAGCGACACCACGUGUGGUCGCCGCCAGCCGCUUGCCAUGUAUCCGGCGCCGGCGGUGGGUGCGGGGCUGGCGCGCUACCUCGUGUACUUCCAGUACGUGGGGACAGACUUUAACGGGGUCGCGGCCGUCAGGGGCGCCCAGCGCGUUGUCGGGGUGCAGAACUACCUGGAGGAGGCCGCAGAGCGGCUGAACUCGGUGGAGCCCGUCAGGUUUACCCUCUCCAGCCGCACGGAUGCCGGGGUCCAUGCGCUUAGCAACGCAGCGCAUCUGGACGUUCGGCGUGGCCAGGGCAGGCCGCCCUUCUCCCCCGAGAUCUUGGCCAAGGCCCUCAACACCCACCUGAGGCACCCGGCCAUCAGCCACAGGGUCCUGCAGGCCUUCCGAGUGCCCAGUGACUUCCACGCGCGCCACGCAGCCACUUCCAGAACGUACCUGUACCGCCUGGUGACGGGCUGCACCUGCCAUCACCAACUGCCGGUGUUUGAACGGAACCUGUGCUGGGCUCUACCAGCAGACUGCUUGGAUGUGGCCGCCAUGCAGGAGGCUGCUCAACACCUCCUUGGGACACACGACUUCAGCGCCUUCCAGUCGGCUGGCAGCCCAACUCCAAGCUCCAUCCGCACACUGCGCCGCAUCUCCGUGUCCCCUGGUCUGGCCAGCCCCUUUGUCCUCUCCCCGGAGAGCAGGAGGCUGCAGUUCUGGACCCUGGAGUUUGAGAGCCAGUCUUUCUUAUACCGCCAGGUUCGGAGGAUGACAGCUGUGCUAGUGGCUGUGGGGCGAGGGGCUUUGAAGCCAGCCCACGUGAAGGAGAUUCUGGAAAGCAGAGACCCUCUGGGCAAGCACCAGGCUCGAGUUGCCCCGGCCCAGGGCUUGUUUCUGAAGUCAGUGAUCUAUGGGGACUUGGGGCAUCCUGGUCCAGCCUCCUAUACCCUACAGAGUCCACAGUGUGACAACUGCUAGUGACUCUGAUGUCCACCCGAGGUUACGCUGGCCCAACUGCUGGACCUCGCUCUAUUCACUGGACGCAGGCACCUAGAACUGCAGCUGUCCUGCCAAGCCCCGCUUCCUUUUGGCUCCCACCACCAGGUUUCUGCCCCAGAGGGGGCUGGAUCAGGAUGUGGUGCAAAAGACAGGGUGACAUCUUGGCAGCCUUUGGUCCUGCUGCUCUGGGAGUACCCCCACUUCUCUCUCAGAGACUGGGAGUAAAUAAAAUGUGAGGUGGCC